AUGUCUACCUUUGGGUACAGAAGAGAGCUCAGUAAAUAUGAAGACAUUGAUGAAGAUGAGCUCCUCGCCUCUCUCACUGAAGAGGAGCUCAAGGAGCUGGAGCGGGAGCUGGAGGACAUAGAGCCCGACCGUAACCUCCCAGUGGGACAGCGGCAGAAGAGCCUGACGGAGAAAACCCCAACAGGGACUUUCAGCAGGGAGGCACUGAUGGCCUACUGGGAGAGGGAGACCAAGAAACUCCUGGAAAAAGAGAGGUUGGGUGCAUGUGAGAAGCAAGAAGAGGACAAUUCAGAAGAACUUCAAGAAGAAUGCUUCACAGAAAGCAAUAGUGAAGUGUCUGAGGAGGCAUAUACUGAAGAGGAUGAUGAAGAAGAAGAUGAAGAGGAAAAUGAAGAUGAGAGUGAUGAUGAGGAUGAGGAAGUGCAAAAUGCUGCAGCUGGCAGGCGUUCUGACCACGGCAGACACAAAAAGUGUAAUGGUGCAAAGGACGAUGAAAGCUUCCUCAAUGGCCAUGAUGGAAAAGACAGUGAUAAUCGGAGUUCAAAAAGCAGUGCCAUCCACCCUUGUGGAAAUCCAACAGUUAUUGAAGAUGCUUUGGAAAAAGUUAGGAGCAACGACCCUGACACCACAGAGGUCAAUCUGAACAACAUUGAAAACAUCACUUCACAGAUGCUCAUACAAUUUUCUCAAGCCCUGAGGGACAACACAAUGGUGAAGUCAUUCAGCUUGGCUAAUACCCAUGCUGAUGACAACGUGGCAAUAGCUAUUGCUGGUAUGUUAAAGGUUAAUCAGCAUAUAACUAGUCUGAAUAUUGAGUCAAAUUUUAUCACAGGCAAAGGCGUGCUGGCCAUCAUGAGAGCUCUGCAGCACAACAAGGUUCUAACAGAACUGCGCUUCCACAAUCAAAGGCACAUCAUGGGCAGCCAGGUGGAAAUGGACAUAGUCAAACUGCUGAAAGAGAACACCACUCUGGUAAAGCUGGGCUACCACUUUGACCUUGCUGGCCCAAGAAUGAGCAUGACAAGUAUCCUGACAAGAAAUAUGGAUAAACAAAGGCAAAAGCGUAUGCAGGAGCAGCGGCAGCAGGAGUCAGGUUGUGACGGAGCUGUCAAUCCAAAGACCAAAGUUCUGCAGAAGGGGACACCUCGGUCCUCACCUUACGUGUCGCCUAAAAGCUCGCCGUGGUCUUCCCCAAAGCUCCCUAAGAAAGCACUGCCAGUGAAAUGCCAGCCUUCAGCACCUGCACCCCCACCUCCCCUUCCCCCCUCGCCCCCACCUCCCCCUCCUCCUCCCCCUCCUCCGCUUCUGCCAGAGAAGAAGGCGCCUACCAGGAAUAUAGCUGAAGUCAUCAAACAGCAAGAAAGCUCAAAAAAAGCCUUACACAAUGGACAGAAAAAGAAAAAGGGCAAAAAACCCAGAAAACAUGAGAACAACAUAUUGAAAGAAAUUAAAGAUUCUUUAAAAUCAAUCUCAGACAGAAAAUCAGAGGAAGGCUCACGACCCUCCACCCGGCCAUCCACCCCACAAAGGUCUCUCCAUGACAACCUUAUGGAAGCAAUUCGGGCAAGCAGCAUAAAGCAAUUAAGGCGGGUGGAGGUACCAGAGGCCCUUCGGUGA